UUAAAUUGUACUACAUUUUUUUGUGCAAAUAGUUGUCAAAAUUCAUUUAGAAGAUUAUUAUCUGAAAUACUGGAUUGCUAAGUAGAUUAAUUAUUGUUUAACUGUAAGAAGCCAUUUUUAAAUGGCUGUUACGCUAAAAACAGAUUAUGGGAAUAUAAAAAUUGAGUUGUUUUGUGAAGAUGCUCCAAAGACAUGUGAAAAUUUUCUUGCUCUAUGCGCGAGUGGCUACUACAAUGGAUGUAUCUUUCAUAGAAACAUAAAAGGCUUUAUGAUACAGACAGGGGAUCCAACAGGUACUGGAAAAGGAGGAAAAAGCAUUUGGGGAGACAAAUUCAAAGAUGAAAUUGUACCUCACUUAAAACAUAGCGUACGUGGUAUAGUAUCAAUGGCCAACAGUGGUUUAGACACAAAUGCAAGCCAGUUUUUUAUUGUGUAUUCUAAGCAGCCUCACCUUGAUAUGAAGUACACAAUAUUUGGAAAAGUAAUCGACGGAUGGGAUGUUUUAGACGACUUAGAGAAACUUCAAGUAAACGAAAAGAAUUUUCGGCCUCUAGAAGAAGUGCGUAUAAACCAAGUUGAAAUACAUGCGAAUCCUAUUGCCGGUUGACUGGAAUAAUAAAUAAAAUAAAAAAAAAGAAAAAAGAAGAUGACCUUAAAGGACAUUAAAACUACUUUUUAAAUAUAACUUAAAAAGUGAAACAAGAAAUCUUACCGUAUAUAAGUGAACAUUAAAUCAUCAUUUAAAUAACUAUUCCUA